AUGUUCCAGGUGCAGGCUCACGAUCCCGACGAUGGAGAAAAUGCGGAGAUCACUUAUUCUCUCCUCGAUCGUGCCAACUUUCAUGUCGACCCAGUGUCUGGUUGGGUGACUGCAGCCAUCGAAUUUGACCGUGAGAAACGCGACUCAUAUCAAGUCACCAUCAUUGCCUCCGACAACGGACCUCAAAGACUUACUGGAUCGGCUCUGCUAAAUGUGACAAUUCUCGAUCAAAAUGACAAUCAACCUCAUUUGCUGCCGUGUGACAAGGUUCCAACCCCUCUGGUGGUGUGGGAAAAUUCGCCUGUUGGGACUUUUGUCGGCGAUCUCAUAGCCACUGAUGCUGACAUUGGACGAAACGGUGAACUGGUUUUUCGACUUCCAAAGAAACUUUCCACCACUCCACACUUUGAGUUGAGGUCCAAUGGAUCCCUCUUUACUGCCCUACCUCUCGAUCGGGAGCAAAAGGUUGGCUACUUUUCUACUGUUUUGGUUUUCGCAGCAUAUCUGAAGCAGUUUCGCGGUACCAGUGAAGCAAAAAGUGAAGCUCAAUCUGUAGUUAACCUCUCCUGUCUCACUUCUCAAUCAGAGGACCGGUUGCCCGACACUCCUCCGGCCUACCUCCGAAAACGGGAAUCCACUGAGAUGGUUGCAGAUGCUAGUGCGAGCUCUACUAAGUUAGCCAAGGGCGCUUCAGUUACCGCGGGCGACGGAGAGGCUACAGGUAGCGGUAAUGGCUAUGAGCCAUCUUUACGCAUCUCUCUGCACGAAACGAAUGGCCAGUUGAUCACGCGACUGGAGGCCACUGAUCCGGACGAGGAUGCAAACGGUAGGCUGGUGUACGGACUACGACGGCAUACACAUUCGCGUGUUCGUCUGAAUCGUGCUGUCGGUGAUUUUCUCAGUGUCGACGGUAACACUGGAGAGGUUUGGCUUAAGCGAACCCUGCAGGAAGAUGAUCUUGGACCUCAUUUCUUUGUUGUCUCGGCCAACGAUCAGGGAGCAAGCAUGUCAAGGUCGGAAAGCAAGGUUCUAUUGGUAUCAGUGGAGGACAUUCCCCCACGUUCGCUAGACGGGGGUGGUGCGAGUUCUAGUUUCACCGCCACCUCUGAAGGCAGUGGUGGUGAGGGUGGUGUGUUAGCCAAUCUUUUCCCCUUCAAACUGGGCGAGAGGAAAAAUGUCCUCAUUCUCGUCGGUCUCAUCUCAAUCUCAGUUAUUCUUGCUGUUAUUUUCAUUGCUGCGAUGAUCUGCAUGUGCAAACCCUGCAGAUCGUCUUCUCAUCAACCUCCCCGAUUCCUCAGUCAGCAUCGGAUGUCUUCAGGUGGAACGGUAAACGUUGCCACUCUGCAGACUCACAGCACAGCAAAUGGCGGCAUCAUCUCGUUGCAAGAGACACGCCUCAUCGAUAACACCUCAGUGGACAACUUCGGCAGCGGAAUCGUGCCCGGUAAUCAUGACUAUGGCUACGGUCCGCCCGUUUCACCUGUCGACGUCGUCGAUCCCGAUGGAUGGAUGGGUAGCGACGGCAAAGGCGGCAUCUUCCGUGUUCUCAAUACUGACGCUGUCAGCUCAGUCAGUGAAGAAGCUACCAACAGGACGCCCCAAAUGUGGAAUAAGUACAACUCUCUGCCACGGGAUCGAUUUGAGAGAUGUGGAAGUCCCCUGAGUCUCAAACAGGAAAACCUCUGCACUGUCACUUCCACUGCGAGUGUGUUGAUGACUCCUCUGCGUGAAAUCGAGGAGACUUCGCACGAAGUCAGAUCGCCCAGCCAAUGGACUGCUGUCACACUCCCUCCGGAAACGAACUUUCAGAGCGUUAACUCGUCACAUAUUGCGCUACCUGUGACCCUCCUACCGGCUGUGUGUUUGCACUCCUCCGGAACAAGCGUAGUGACAGCAAGCAACCCUUUCGCCCCCACAACUAUCGUGUCAGCCACCUCCACUACCACCACAUUUCAGCCGACAAUGGGUAGGAAAGCAGAAAUGGAGGUCCGGCUAGCCGAACACGCAUCAGACUCUGGCCAAGGGGCCAGCGAUGAGGAUCUGCGAUCUCAAUCACAACCCCCACCUGUCAUUAAUCUCGUACAACUUGAAGCGCAAAUCUAUUCAAGAUUAUCUUCUUUAGUACCCUGUGAAUUCAGCGAAGACAACCCAUGGAAGCGGGCAGUGGGUGGCGAGGCUCCUUGCACUGACGACUUUGUUCGAUUGCGGACUAGCACACUUCAUCCCUCUCUCUCAAAGCACCCCACGGAUGCCUUGGAAACGCAGAACUGCGUGCACCUCGGUGUUGCAACCAUUCCUAGUCAGGUCAACAUUGUGCAUCGUCGUCUACCUGCCUGCUAG